CAGCCUGAGUACGGAGCCUCAGAAAGUCCGGACGGGAGGCACGGAGUGAGAGGCCGUCCCCUUUGCCCCUAAAGAAGGAGGGCGAUCUGCCUCCUCGCCCCGCUCCUCCUUCCUAGCUGGUAAAGCAGAACCAUGGGGAACAUCACAGAUACAGAAGAAGGGGAGUUAGAAGAAUACGAGUGUGAAAGUUUAAUUCACAUGGAGGACUUUCUACAUUAUUCACUUGUUCCAGCGGUCAUCAUAGUUAUAGUGCUGUCCUGCCUUGAAACGAGAACCAGAAGAUGGGGUGUAGAAGAAAAAUUGCAAAAACUCAGUGGUCAUGGAGCAUUUUUGAUACCCUUUGAUUUCGUGACAGCAUUCAACAACCGAUGGUCAUUUGGCUUUGCAUUUGGCUCUACUGCUGACAGAUUGAUGUUUCUGUUUACACAAGAAUACCUGCCAACAAACUUUCCUGGCUGGGCUAAAGUAUUUUUCCUCCUGUUGGUAGCCAUUGAAGUGGGCUUGUCCUCAUAUCCUUUCUUUGUCUGUCUUUCAACAAGUAACAAGAUUAUAGGAGCAACGUUAGGAUUCCUUUACACAGCGACUUGGUUGAUAGUCAUGGUCCUAGAUAUGAAGUGCCCCCAGGGACAGCUUAUUGGAGCGUAUGAAGAUUAUAUUAUAUAUUGGCCUUCCUUGCUGUGCCAGACGUUCCUGCUGGGCCGAUUCCUUCACAUCCUUGUGAAAGCAUUAACAGCCAACUGUAGGCAAGAUACUAUAAAUGAGGAGACGUUGCUCCUGGAGGUACAUCAGGCUCAGCACGUCCAGCAACUGAUGAGAAAGCCUCCAGUGGACAGGCAGUCUCAGAAAUCCUGGAUUCGAAGGAAGAUAUAUGCAUGGGACCCUUACUUUCGCUUCCCAAGCAGAAUGAUCACCACAGCUGUGGUCAUCCUAAUAUGCCUUUAUAUGUUCAUUUCUGCUGAAUAUAUGCUGUCCAUGCUUAUUAUACGGCAACUCAAAGAUUUGAAAUCCAUUUUGGAGGAACUUGUCUCUCAUACCAACGCAUCGCAAGAAAUGGAAUCCUUUCUCAUUGGCAUGGAAGAAUUUAAUAAUGUCACAGAAGGUGUUUGGAUUUCCACCACAGUGAUGACCUCUCUCACAAGUAUCAGCUUUGUGUUCCGCAUCUUAACCUGCUACAGAAAACACAUCAAGCUGUUACGGGCAGGCAAGAAGCACCUAUUUAUGUCAGACGAUUAUUCAGUUUCACCUUCUUUAAGUGUGGUGGCCCUUGGAAAAUAUACUUCUUGGCAAAUCGCAUUUAGCAUGUGGGGGUACCUGGUUAUUCAUCUGGUGCUGUUUGUGGCUGGAAUGGUUCUUAUGUACCUUGUGAUUUUACCCAUGAAGCAUGGUCAGUGGAUGCAACUUCUUAACAAAUGGGGAUUGGUGAUCCUCUCCCUUGUCAUCAUCAUGGGCGUAAAGCAGCUGCAGGUUCUGAUGGCUUCUCAGUUCUUCCUUCAGCAAAAGAUUUCACCGAAUGAUAAACAAAAGCCUUUGGCUCUUGAUAACAGGAAAGCAUUCCAAAACUUCAGCUACUUUUUAUUCUUCUUCUCUGUGGCUGUGGGGUUAACUUCCUGUUUGAUAAGGCUGCUGUGGAGCAUCGUCAUAGGAGCCUGGUUGAUUGGACGGAUAGACAGAGCAAUAAUGCCACAGGGGUUUGAACGCUUUGAUAAAGGAUUCAAGACCUGGAUUGGCAUGCUGUUUGUGGACCACUAUCACACAAAUCCUGUUCUUGUCUGUUUCUGUUACAUCCUUGUUACCAAUGGACAGACAGACCUGCAGAGAGUCACUACACACAUGAUCCUUGAUAGACCAAAGAGAACAGCUCCUAGGGUAUCAGCCAAAGCCAGGACAAGAUGGCUGCUAUUCUAUACACUUCUGAAGAACCCUGAUCUCAUGAAACUCAGGAAGAAGCCCAAACCAGAUUCUCAUUCCGUGGAUUUAUCACAGCCUCCUUUUGCCAUAAACAUAUAAUAAGCCCACUGAGUACAUACAGUUGCCUCUUUCAGCUCAGCGAACAGUGACUCAACAAUGGGAUGCGAACGGUAAAGAUCCUGGCCCUGAUCCCAGAAGGGCACGACAAUGGCAAAGAUUCUCAAGUAAUCCCUAAGGGCUAUUUGCUGAGUGUUUGUUUAUACAAUUUUCUAAAUUGACAUUGGCUGUAUUUCCAAUAUGUACAAUUGCCAUGAAGCUUCCUCUCCAUCUCCCAAGAAUUUUCGAUAUGUCUGGCUGCUGGAAUUGCUGUCCAAUUAGCAAGUAUCCUCACCAACCAACCAAUGUUUUUCAAUUAUCCUGCACCAGUCAAAUGUAUGAUUGGAAGUGAGAUGUGGUUUUGUCAUAACCAGUAGUGGCCGGUGGGAGCUACUCAGUGGGUGGGGGGGGUGAGGGUGGGAAAAUGCCAGUUUAAACAGCAGCAAAUGUACCUGCCACUCAUACACAACAUGCUCUACAGGGUGACUUGGCAUUCCAUGGGCUGCCACACCCUUUUGUUCAGUUGGCCUCUGUGCAUGCGUGGAAACCAUUUCAGGGGUUAGUAUGCCCUCACUCCUCCCCACCAAAUGGCACUCACCAGCUGCUGCUGGCCACAACACAUUAUAUAUUAUAUGCAUCAAAUAUUCCAUAGUUAUCUGGAAUUCAUUAAGUGAUCACAUUUAUAUUCCAUGCUUCCUACAAGGAACAUAUAUGGGAUUAUCCCAUCCCCCCCCCCUCCGGAAGGAUGAUGACUAGUCUAGGGUUGACCAGUGAGUUUCAAAGCUGAGCAGAGAUUUGAACUCGGGUCUCCUUUUCCCCAGUCCAAGCCCCUCACUCUGUCCCACACUGACUGUUGUUAACUUUAAUGCCUUAUGACUGUUGAGCAGUAACUCUUACCAUUUCAAAUGGGUUUGCAGAAGUGUCAUUUUUAGUGACAGAUUGCUUGUGUUUUGUGUAUUACCUUUGGGUAGAUUUAGGUCAUCUCUUCAGAGCACACGAGAAUGCUGUUCCCGUUGUUGCUUCUGCUCUUAGGAGGCUCAAAGUAUACAAUGGGGCCAAGUCAGUAUAUGAUGGCACAUCUUCAAACAGAGUGUUAUGUUCUGAUCACAAUGAUCCUGGGAACUUCAUGGCCACCCAGAUGCACCCUUUUUACUCCCGCAGAAGGAAAUUUGCUGUUGCCCAGGUUUUCCCUAAAACCGCAUCCUAGAAACCAAGGUGGAACUAUUACAUUGCUUUGGCAAGAAUUUCUAGCAUCAGGAAGUAGGAAUAUUGGUUCCCCCACCCAGUGUUUUGUACUGGUGUGCAGAUGACUCCAAACCUGAUGUUAUCUCAUUUGUUUUCAGGAUUUUUUGAAUUUGUGGUUUUGAAGCUGAUUUAGCUGGACUAGUGUAACUGAUCUUUGUCCUUUCUGCUGCUGUAAGCUGCACUGAAAUAGGAUCUGAGUUGGCAUAUUUUGCCAUGUUUACUGCUGGUAUUUCCAUUGUCCAUCUGGGACAUCUCAGUGUCAGCUGAGAGGAUGUAUACCGGAAUCUCACAGAGAACAUUGGUACAGAAGAUCAAAAUAUUAUUUUACUGGUUGAAGAACAAAAUAAUGAGUAUUUUGUGGGGAAAGGACAUAGGUCUUGGGGAAAGUAUGAAGGAGGUUUGAAGCUGACCUGAGUUGGCUUGAUCAAAGAAAGUGAAGGAGCUGAAUUGGAUAGCGUAGUAAAAUUCAUGUCUGGCAUCUUUCAAGCUUUUAGGUUCUAGUCUGACCUCUGCACCCCUUCUGGAUUGCAAAGCCAAACACAUGAUAGGGUGGGUCAUGAACAGCUAGACCCAUAUGUGGAAGCAUUUACAGUCGCUUGCUAAAUUGUGGCUGUUCUUUCUCUGAAAUUUCCUUAGGAGAGAGGGAAGGGAGGAAAUUGUUUCAAGCUCCCUGGCCACAGCAAAUUGCCUUUGUCACACCAAGAAUGAAAAUGGGAUUUGAGGGCUCCAGUUUUCCUCACAGUAUGACUGGAACGUGACAUGACCUUGCAAUAACGGGUUUGCAAGCAAAAAAACCCAACAACACCUUUCUUUUACCUGUUCUCUUAAUAAGGUCCGGGUCUCUCGAUCAGGGAGACCCGGUUUUAACGGGUGAGCGGGAAGAGCGAGCUAAGGAGCCCUGGGCGGCCGAAUCGGCCGCCCACACGAUGGC